UUCUAUCCACUAUUCCAAACAUUAUACAAGAGUUCGAUCUCGAUAUCAAAGCGUUCAAUUCCUCGAACAGGCAAAUACGUUCUUCAAUCCCCACCUUCGACCCCAUACAUUGCGAAUUGCCCCAUUAUCUACAAGAACCUCGUCAACUUGGUAACUACAUGAUCGCUGUUUCGAAAAUUACGGCCUUUUACUUUCUACACGGUCGCAUAAGAUUGUUGCAGACGAUAGGGUUGCCAAUUAUUAUUUCGCCCCCCCUCAUUACUACUACUAGGCUUUCAAAGGCAAAUAUUGUAAGAAUAUUACAACGUCUCUCAUCAUGGAUAGCAGCGGAGGACCGAAGGAAUUACGUGAGCGUUUAUACUCUCGCGCACCUUCGCGAGCUAGUAGUGCUAGCACCGCGAACACCCAGAUGACGUCGAGAAGUUCAACUAGUACCUCCUCGUAUCCACGGGAAACAUCUCAUACGGGCUCACACCCGAUACACAAGUACCACCACAGCCAUUGCAGCAGAAGCUCGAUAGGGGGUCGGCCUCUAUCGCGAUUAUCGAGAGAAUCCAGCAAUGAAUUACGAGAACCGACGGCGUCCGCCUCUAGUUUUCUGCAAGAGCGGCUGCAGCGGGAAAGAAUAGAAAGACACGCGAGCAAAAUGAGUGCUGAUAUGAGCGCUUCUACUGGCGAUAUCCGAGAUAGGAGUGUGCAAAAUUCGCCCAUCAAGAGAAGUGCCACCUCUGCAGCACGAUCGCAGUGGUCGGGUAACAGCGACGACUUGGCUAAAGACGUAGGGAUGGGGGCAAGGCAGAUGGAACAGGUACGAAAUGCUCACAAUAACGCGCGCUUGCCUGUCAAGUUGAAUUUAGCAGCUAAUUCGAACGGGAAGACCCUGUCAACACUACACAAACAGAAUUUUGAUCUAAAGCUGGAGUUAUACCACCGACGAGAGAAACAAACAGCGUUAGAAGAGAGAGUUGAAAAACUCGAAUCUCAGCAAAGCGAGAUGAUAGAUCUUCAUGAGAGUAUCAUCCACGAGUUGGAAAUGAAGGAUGAUGCCCUCGCCGAGGCCGUUACACUGAUAGUAGAACUAGAAGCUCGAAUUGAUGAUUUGGUCCGAGAAAGAGAGAUGGUCAGACGAGUUGAGGCGGACGGCUCGUAUCGCCAUUCCUUGUCGGAUCAUCCCAAUCUUGAAUCUGCUACAACCGGUGCUGCUGCCGCGUCUGUAGUUGCCAAUAAGGUAGACCCCAACGUGCCACAUUCAACCGCGCAUGUGAAUAGCCUCGGACGAGUGCCCAGUUUCCUUUCCGAGCACAGCCAGCAAACUGAGAAUCUACGCAACGCGGUUUUGAGAGGACGAACUAGUAUAAUGCAUAUGCGCAAAGUUUCCGAGUCAAGCGCUGCUCCCAGUGAUAUUAAUCGUAUCGCUAGCUCUAAUCUAAGCGUACUCAGCGAGAGCUCUUUCGUUAGCAUAUACGGUAUCAAGGAUAUGGGCGAGAGGGAGGGUCUACAGGCACCAGCGGACGUGGCAGGCAUGGAUGGAAGUUAUUAUUAUGAUCGUUCACCGACGCCAACAAUGAAUACGAAGGGGGAAAGCCGCUACAUCGAAAAGACUGCCGAUCCAAGUCAAAUGCUUACAGGUUCUCCGGAGAUGACAAGCGGAGGUGCUAAAAUAUCAGCUCGUACGCGGCCUAUAAAUAACGUUAUCAACCUACAUUCACCCUUACAGGAGAUUGAACGACUUGAAAAACAAAUACUGGUCGGUGGCGAUAUUCCCAGACAAACUAUGCCCAGCCGUGGUAGCGGUACCACGACUCCCACUCUUCCAAGGCCCCCUAUACAUCCGCCUCAGCAGGGCAAGACCAAACAGGAGAAAAGAGAGGCUUUGCAAAAAGUUCUAACCAAUUAUCCCAUGUACAGAGAUUUCUCUAAUCCUCACGCAUUUCCUCCUACUCCCGAUACCGUCUCGUCAUCAACACUUCGAAGCCAACAGGAUUCUUCCCACUCUCAAGAUAGUCUUGCCACACAAACAAGAGGUGUGACGAACAAUGGCAUCAUGUCUAUCUACGAUAGAAUUGGGGCUCUUGGUAGAGAACUUGGUAGAGAGCUUCCUUACCCAGCUCCCUCGAACGAACAGGCACAUACUACAGCAUUUACUAGCCAUAGGCAAAUCCCAAUGUCAAUCGCAAACGCCCAUACGUUUUCUGAUCUUCCCCAGCUGGCACAAUCCCUCCCGCCUCGACCACACUCAUCGGCCGAAACUAUAAGUUCCCAUGCCAGGGCAGCCAGUUUAGGAUCGGACUCAGACUCGGACGGUGGCGCAGAUGCCCGUUCUGAAACAGACAGCUUUGAUUAUUGGAUGAAAGAGAGCAUGAAGCCGAAUAGAUAUCAGACAGAUUUAUCAGAACAGCGCGGAAGCGGGCGUUCUACAUCCCCUGAUCUAUUUUCCUUUCCGGUCGACGCUAGAGGCUGGGAAACGGACGUUAUCUUUGGAGCCCUGAGAGGUAAUGGCUAUCUUGGUUCACCGGUGUCGGCCUUGAAACGCGAUCCUAUCGAUGAAAUGGCUAGCUCACUGCAAACAUCGCAGACAGAAGUAUUUGAUCCUCCGGUCAUGGAAUCUGCACCUCCUACCCCUGAUCGGCGAUCAAGUUUGCAUGCGCGUACCGGUAGCACUAGUGUAGCACCUCCACCUGGCGGGAAGUUUAAGAAGCAUCCUGUCAACAGUAUAGCCACAGAGUGUAUAGAGGGGAGAGGUAGGAGUAAUAGUAUAGAUUCUGCCGCACCCAUGCCAUCAUACACUAGAGGACAGCCCGAGAACGCAGGGACAACAACGCCUGGAAAACGAAAUCACUACCCCCCGAUAUCUGGACAAACGUCCAAGGGACGGGGUUUAGGUCUCAACUCAUUCUUUAGAAGACAAGGACCUGAUAACUCCAGUGCCCUGUCUAGCGCAACUGAGGCGACCGCCCCUCUUGCAACUCCAAGUCAGUUGUCAGCGAUACCCCAAACGAUGAGGUCUACAACAAAGCCCUCGGGAAGGAAUAGCGUUCCACCACCGCCAACUAUGCCUUGGCGUGCCCCGGGCAUUGUGGAAGAUGACCUUCAGAGCGCGACCCCUCCUCCGAUUAUGCGCAGCCGCGGUAUGUCGCUCCUCUCAGGGACUAAUGGUCCUCGGGUAGCCGACCUAGCUACACCACAACAGCAAGCCGCCGAGACGUCGCGUCCAAGUACUCCGACGACUAUAAUCCAAACAAAUACGACAGCUACUGGAGCACAGGGCGGCGGCAGGAGAAAAUGGUUGGGUCUCGGAAGAAUAGGAAAUUCAAAAACGAAGACGGGCUGAAAAUGCUUGUCGCAUGGGAACUGUCGAGACUACGGGAUAGAUGUCGACGCCAAUAGGCCAGUGCAAGCUGGAGCAUUGGGUCGAAACAAAAUUGAAGCAGUUAAUACUGUGUUAGCAUACGAAACCUAUACGUUUUAGGCUCUGUGUAAUGAAGCAUGUAAGAGUAUUGUGUAU